AUGAGGGGAUUGCUGAGCAGCAGCUGGAGGAAGUUUGGACACGCUGGCCGGGGGACAUACGAGUGGCUAACCAGCGAACCAAGCCUGCCUCUUCUGGAAACCCAGCUGCAGGGCACCCAGAAGGCCAGCUCCGCCCAAGCCGACGUGGAGCCCUUCCUGUGCAUCCUUCUCCCCGCCACCGUCCUGCUCUUCCUGGCCUUUCUGCUGCUGUUCCUGUACCGCCGCUGCCAGGCCCCGCGGGCCCAGGGCCAGGUGUUCAGUAUCGACCUCCCCGAGCGCCCUCCUGCGGGAGCCGGCCCCGACUUCCUGCCCGGCUUGCCCUGGGGCAGCGAGCAGGAGAUUCCCUACUCGCCCCUGCGUCCAGGAGGGACCCUCCUCUCCGUGUGCUUGCCGCCCUCCUACGAAGAGGCCACCAGGAAUCCUCCUGGGGAAGAGGCCCUGGACACGGACCUUCGGUGUUAA